AUGGAAAACCUCACCAUCUUUACAGAAUUCCUCCUCAUGGAUGUCUCAAGCUCUUGGGAACUUCGCAUUUUGCAAGGCCUGCUGUUCCUAUUGAUUUAUCUAGGAACUCUGGCUGGAAACCUACUCACCAUUGCUGCCAUCGUGACAGACCCACACCUUCACACGCCAAUGUAUUUUUUUAUAAGCAACUUAUCUCUCAUAGACCUUUGCUGCAUAUCAGUCAGUGUUCCCAAACUGAUUGUGAAUUCCCUGACAGGCAGUAUGUCCAUCUCACUGAAAGAAUGUGCUGCUCAGAUUUUCCUAUAUAUUUUCUUUGCAUCCACUGAGAUGGCUUACCUUGUGGUCAUGUCCUAUGACCGCUAUGUUGCCAUUUGCCACCCUCUGCACUAUGGGCUCACCAUCACCCCCUGGGUGUGCUCACAGGCAGCAGUGGGCUCAUGGGGCAGUGGACUGGUCUUUUCUGCCAUCCACACUGGGAAUAUGUUCAGACUUCCCUUCACCAAGUCCAAUGUGAUCAACCAAUAUUUUUGUGAUGUACCUCAAGUUGUGAGAAUAUCAUCUUCAGAAGUUCAGUUUUCUGAAUCUGUGAUGCUUGUAUUAAGUACUUGCAUUAUCUUGAUAUGUUUUACUUGUCUGUUUGUGUCGUACAUUAAUAUACUUUCAACGGUGCUUAAGAUCCAUUCAGCAGAAGCCCGCAACAAAGCCUUGUCCACCUGUACCCCACAGUUGCUAAUUAUUCUUAUAUUUAUAAUUUCUGGAUUCAUUGCAGUCUUAGGUCCCAUUGCAAAUAAAGUAUCUCUUAAAAAUCUGCUGACAGCCAUGUUCUAUAGCACAGUGCCCCAAUUCAUAAACCCCAUCAUCUACAGUCUGCGAAACAGGGAGAUAAACAUUGCUCUAGGCAGAAUGUUCAACAAAUCCUGA